AUGUGCCCUCGAGAGACUAUCUUCCCUCUCCUCAGCAUCAGCAACCGACGCGCCAGAAUCAUGAAGUUCACUACACUUUCGCUGGCCCUAAUAUCAUGUGCUUCAGCACGGGUGACGCUCUCGCAGCGCGACGAGGCGGGCGAGGCGCAACAUCCCCGGAUCGAGACGAGAGAUGUCCCUAGCCCUCGGGCCAGCGGCUCAUCUUCCACCUUCAAGGCUGCCAUGAGGACCAGGGAGUUACAUAAGAGAGACCGGGGCUUUGCUCCGACGGACCACUUGGAGUUCAUCUACACCGAUCGCGAGCAGCGCUUUGAUCCUUAUGGCUUGGAGGGGACCGAGACGACCGAGAGAGCCAUCGUGUCGGGCUCAGCCAUGUAUCCCACCUACUUCUUGGAGAGAUAUCAGGAGCUGUCGCAGGUCGCGUGCUACGACAACACAAUCCAUCUUGUGUUCGAAACCGACGACGCAUUUCGCGACGCCCAGUUGCAGACGAGGGACUGCGCCAAUGCCACCGUAGUGACCUCUCACGAUGGCUGUCAGGAGGAGGCAGACGCCAGGAGUUACUUCAAGGUCGAAGGGGUGUCGUACCACCCGGAGACGAGAUCAGUCAAGUUCGAAGCAGUCGAGCGCGAGAUCGAGGAUGUGUUCCGCAAUUUCACAAUCGGUUUCGACCAGACGGACGAGCAUCACGUCCGUCGCUCCCAAGCGCAUGGCCUCGAGAGACGACAGGUGCCAUCCGUGGUCGACGAUGUCGUGGGCCCCCGCGACCUAGCCCCGACGGUCUUGGGUGCGAACACCACCCAUACAGCAAAUCUAGACUGGUAUUCCAACAAGACAUGGGACAGUCCAACCCUCCUCUACGGACAAAUAUGGGGCGGAGCCUAUUACGGAUGUAACAACUGUACGCAAAAAGGAACACUCGAUAUGUCUCACAGCGAUUUCAAGCUCCAUCUAGGUUCCCUCAAGAACUUGACGAAUGGGGGAAAAGCAAACCCGGUGAGCGAGGGGUGGGUCCAGAUCAGCCUGAAGGGCUACACCCUCCACAUGGACACAUGGAUCAUCGGCCAAGGGGGUUUGUUCAAGACGUUCAUCCCGCAGGCACUCAAACAUACGUUCGCUAAGAAGUGGAUCCCUGGCAUAGGGGAGAUCAGCUUAUUGUGGGAGCCCGUCAUCGUCAUUACCCUGACCGUCGAGCUGCCGGUGAAACUGAACUUCGGCUUCGACCUCGAGAUCCCGGAUUCGACCAUCCGUAUCGACCUGUCCGAUGCGGAUAGCGGCGCACAGGGCUUCGAAGGCAUCAAGCCCAAAAUGCUGCCAACGACCGCGAACAUAACACAUCCCGAGCUCAAGUUCUCACAGAAGCUGAUAGUCCGGACCCCGAUCACCGGCAUGAUCGGCGUGAAACGGACAAAGGAAGAGGGCAGCAACGACCACGAUUCAUCCCACGACGGCGACAGAGAUGAACUCGGCAACGACUUGGAAGAGGACGACGGCUACGUGCUUGAGCCACACGGGGGCUUUCUGGUCCAGACGGGUCCCUACAUGUUCCUCCCUCUAGUGGAUACGGUUUUCUAUCCCGGCUGUCCAGGCUUGCCGAGCAAGAACACCAGCAGGAGCAACAGUACCAGCCCAAAUACCAGCCCAAGUACCAACCCAAGUAUCAGCCCAAGUACCAGCCCAAAUACCAGCCCAAAUACUAGCCUAAGUACUACCAUAAGUACUAGCAUGAAUACUAGCAUAAAUACUAGCCUAAGUACACGGGCAGACGGCACUUUGGUCAACUACGACGGCUAUGUAUUUCAAGUGAACAACCGAUGGUCAAUCAGCGGCGGUUGGGAGGUGCUAGCGGAGGCGCGGGUUCCAAAAAUUGACCCAGGUUUCUUCACCCGUUUCCAGCAUUUUGGCACCACCGUCACGCCGCUCGCCACCUGCCUCUCCAUGCAUUCCGGGCAGCCUACGUGGAUCUCAGUUCCGAAGGGCGUCAGUACUGACGGGGACGGCGCGGCUGCGAUCCCUAAACGCACUGCCGGACCGACAACCGAAACGACUCCUGAACCGACCCCCGGACCGACCCCCGGGCCGACCCCUUCGGGUUGGUGA